AUGGCACCUGGCUCGAGCAAGGAUGUAGUGGUUCGUGUCGAUCACGAUGUCAUGCCAUGGUUGCAGUCCUUUGGCACUGAGGUCUAUGCCAACAGUGAAACCAACCCUGUGUACGAGCGUGCCAUGUGGGCAAUGUGGACCGUGGAGAUGGUCCAGAAGUGGAAAUACAAACACGAAGUGCAGACUUCCUCUCUCCACUGA